GUCAAGUUCCCGCCUUCUGCCACGCCCAAUUUCUCACUCCCUCUGCAAACCCACCGGCUUCCUUGGAAGCCAUGUCUGCUUCUUCUUCGCUCGCCCAAUACAGAUGUCCUUCAUCGGUCGACCCACUGGGCUUCUUCCCUAGAUGCCCCUCCUCUUCUCUCCUGCCGGCGAAGUCCCUCUGUUGUGGCUGUAAGAAGGCGCCCCCGCACACGCUUCUCCUUUCCUCCAGACGCCGGAGGUGGAGAUGUCGCUCGGAGAUGGAGCAGCCCAGGAGGAACGAAGGAAGGAGGACGAAGCGGAUACCCGCGGAAUCAGAGAAGGGCGUCGAUCCCGUGGGCUUCCUCGGGAAGCUGGGCAUCACCAACAAGGCCUUUGCCCAGUUCCUUCGUGAGAGGUAUAAAGCUAUGAAAGACCGGAAAGUGGAAAUGUUUACUAGGCAUGCAAAUUUAUUGGAAAUGGCUUCUGGAUAUGAGAUUUUAGGUUUGCACCGUAAUAUGCUUCAUCGAGUUGAUUUUAUGGACUGGGCUCCAGGCGCACGAUACUGUGCUAUUAUUGGUGAACUUAAUAAUUGGUCACCAACAGAUAACUGUGCUGGUGAGGGACACUUGGGCCGUGAUGAUUAUGGUUAUUGGCUAGUAAUUUUAGAAGAUAAGCUUAGGGAAGCAGAGACUGCUGAAGAAUUCUAUUUCCAGGAGUACAAUUAUGUAGAUGAUUUUGACAAAGGAGACAGCUGUGUUGAUGUUGAUGAGCUGAUGAAAAGAAUAGAUGAUGAAUACUGGGAGCCUGGAGAGGAUCGUUUUAUUAAGGCACCUUUUGAAGCUGCAUCAAAGCUAUAUGAAGAAGUUUUUGGUCCUAAUGGUCCUGAAAGGGAGGAAGAACUUGAAGAGAUACCUGAUGCCGAAACACGAUAUAAGGCAUGGAAGGAGAAGCAUAAAGACGAUCCAAAGAGCAAUUUACCAUCAUUUGAUGUUAUUGACAAUGGAAAAGAGUAUGAUAUUUUCAACAUUGUUGAUGAUCCUGUUUCGCGUGAAAAGUUUCGGAAGAAAAAGCCUCCUAUUGCUUACUGGAUAGAAAUGCGUAAAGGAAGAAAAGCAUGGAUGAAAAAAUAUCUACCUGCAAUCUCUCAUGGAAGCAGGUAUAGGGUAUACUUCAACACCCCUAGUGGGCCCUUGGAGCGCGUUCCUGCUUGGGCCACAUAUGUGCUUCCUGAUGAAGUUGGGAAUCAAUCAUAUGCACUGCAUUGGGAACCAUCUCCAGAAUGUGCAUAUAGGUGGAAAAAUAAGCGACCUGACAAACCAAAGUCACUUCGUAUCUAUGAGUCCCAUGUUGGCAUUAGUAACUCGGAGCCAAAAAUCUCGUCCUUCCGUGAAUUCUCCUCAAAGGUCCUUCCCCAUGUUAAAGAAGCUGGAUACAAUGCAAUUCAGUUGAUUGGUGUGCCAGAGCAUAAGGACUACUCCUCUGUGGGUUAUAAGGUCACAAAUUUUUUUGCUGUAAGCAGUAGAUUUGGCACACCUGAAGAAUUCAAACAUUUGGUAGAUGAAGCUCAUGGGCUAGGACUGCUAGUCUUUCUAGAUAUUGUCCAUUCAUAUGCAGCUGCUGAUGAAAUGGUUGGACUAUCUCUAUAUGAUGGAUCAAAUGACUGCUAUUUUCAUACUGGUAAGCGUGGAAUGCACAAGUUCUGGGGAACAAGAAUGUUUAAGUAUGGUGAUCCUGAUGUGCUGCAUUUUCUUCUUUCUAAUUUGAGAUGGUGGGUUGAGGAAUAUAAAGUUGAUGGGUUCCAGUUUCAUUCUCUGCCUUCCAUGAUGUAUACUCACAAUGGUUUUGCUUCAUUCACCGGAGAUAUUGAAGAGUAUGCAAAUCAGUAUGUUGACAAAGAUGCACUGAUAUACCUAAUUUUAGCAAAUGAAAUGUUGCACGAACUUUAUCCUGGGAUUGUAACUAUUGCCGAAGAUGCUACACUCUACCCUGGACUUUGUGAGCCAAUUUCUCAAGGUGGACUGGGCUUUGAUUUCUAUGUUAAUAUGGCAGUACCUAGGAUGUGGUUGUGGCUUCUUGAGAAUGUUCCUGAUAAAGACUGGAGUAUGGAGCAGAUUGUACUUACUCUUAGAGGAAGUCUACAAAAUGUGGGAAAGAUGCUUGUCUAUGCUGAAAACCACAACCAGACCAAGUGCGCUAGAUUAUCAUAUCUUGAUGGCCCAUGUGUUUGCUCUUUUCUGGUUGAUAUGUCAAUCUCUGGAGGGAAGUCAUUUGCUGAAAUAUUGUUUGGUGGAGAUGAAAAGUGUUCAGACAGCCAGCACCUACGAGCUUCUUCAUUGUAUAAUAUGAUCAAGUUGCUUACACUUUCUAUGGUGGGACAUGCUUACCUCAGCUUCAUGGGAAAUGAGUUUGGCCACCCAAAGAGGGUUGAGAUGCCAAUAACAAGUAACAACUUCUCUUUUGAGUUUGCAAAACGUCAAUGGGACCUACUGGGCGUGCAAAUCCAUAAAGAUCUCUUCUUGUUUGACAAGGAUUUGAUAAAAUUGGACCAAGAUGAGAGAAUUCUUUCAAGGGGGUCUUCCAAUAUUCAUCAUGUCGAUGAUUCUAAGAUGGUGCUAUCCUAUAUUCGUGGUCCCUUUAUCUUUGUAUUUAACUUUCAUCCUGAAUGCACCUAUGAAAACUAUCAUAUUGGAGCAGAAGAAGCUGGAGAGUAUCAGGUAGUCUUGAACACUGAUGAACUCUCUUAUGGUGGGUUAGGGCGUCUUAGUUUUAACCAGUACAUUCAGCGAACUAAUAAUAGGAGGGUGGAUGGUCUCAGACACAGUUUAGAAGUGGUCCUGCCAAAUAGAAGUGCGCAGGUGUACAAAUUGUCUAGAAUUUUGCGUGCAUGAUGAACUGCUCGACAACCAAAACAAAUAUGGCGUUUUUUCCUCUUAACCUCACUGAGGAAAAACUAAGAGGAAUGCCCCUGCGAAUACGAAUGCACCACAUUUUAUCAAUGCAUCAAUAGCUGAAGUGCAAAUGAAAGAAAUUGUGGGUUUUUUCAAUCGCAACCUGAAUUUGCUCAAAAAGAAGUGGUUUACAGGAUUUAUUCUGUGGAGAUCGGCUUCUAGAUUGCAGAAAUGCAAUGUCUAACUGGGAUCUUCUGGUGACCGAAGAAUUGACUGCUGUCAAAACAUCAAAUUUUGUAGGCUCACUUUUUUUUUUUCCUGAAAAAAAUGCAAAGACAGUUAUGGGUUUCCAAUCAUGUUGAACAUGUUCAAAAACAUCCUGUACGUGAAGUCCGGACCAUUUUGUGUGUAAAGGCGGUCUUCCUCUGCGAAGAUGGCACUCUCUGAUGGUCGUAUGCUGACAUGAGCAUGGGAUGUCCCAAUCUUGGCUCUAGACAAGCGAGGGUUGAAUCAUGAUGUAUAGCUGGUUUAUAAAAUGGAAUGCUUCCUUUUUUUAAAGAUGUGCAAUGGUGCACCCUGGGCAUUUGAGUUAUUCGUCUCCUUCACAGCUUAAAGCUUUAGUCAGAUGGAUAAAGCUCUUGUUGGCAGCACUUUUCUGUCCUGGAAGUAAUAAAACGUGAACUGUAGACCAACUCCACCAAGAGGGAGCAAAAUUGCUUGCACAGAGAAAGCAUCUAUUGGAAAAAAAGAAGGCAUAAUGUUGUAUCUAAGCGAAGGUCACAAAUAUAAAGUUUUUUGACACCUUUUACAGGGUUAUCAUCAUUCUGAUCUUCAAGAUGUUCUCUCCUCCCUUCGCUUAAUUUUUUCUGUUCAUCUGUCUAUUUCAUUUGCUCCUUUGUGGGAAGUGGGAGAGCUCCCAAGUUGUCGAUUCCCUACCCUAGUGAACUCCUGGAAAUGUUUAAUUUGUAAUAAACAUUGUCACUAGUCACUGAUGUUUAGAUCAGUUUCUUUCGUCUUGUUUUCCUACGACUUCAUAUUCUUUAGCUUCUCUAUUCAUUUUUUUCACAAUAAAUCUCAGGGUUCUGACCCUAGCACUUUGCGGUUGAUUGUAAAUAAAAGAUUAUGUGGCUUAUCUUC